AUGGGGUGUGUAACAAGUCAAGAAGACAAAGCGGCGAUGGAGAGAUCGAAGGCAAUUGACAAAACACUCAGAGCCGAUGGUGAAAAAGCAGCUAGAGAAGUGAAAUUACUUCUUCUCGGUGCUGGAGAGUCUGGGAAAAGCACAAUUGUGAAGCAGAUGAAGAUUAUUCAUGAAAAGGGGUAUACACAAGAAGAAUGCUUACAGUAUAAACCAGUUGUUUAUAGUAAUGCCACUCAGUCUAUGAUCGCCAUAAUCCGUGCCAUGAACCAGCUAAAGAUAGAGUUUGGACAUCCAGACAGGGCAGAAGAUGCUCGUCAGUUUCUGGCACUAGCAGGCAAUGCUGAUGAGGGAGAAAUGUCACCAGAGCUGGCAGCUAUGAUGAAACGGCUGUGGAAAGAUUCCGGGAUACAAGAGUGCUUCAGCAGGGCCAGAGAAUACCAACUAAAUGACUCUGCUGAAUACUACUUAAAUGCUCUGGACAGAAUAUCAGCACCUGGCUACAUUCCCACAGAACAAGAUGUGCUGCGCACACGAGUCAAGACCACUGGCAUUGUGGAGACGCACUUCACCUUCAAGGACUUACAUUUCAAGAUGUUUGAUGUUGGUGGUCAACGGUCAGAACGGAAAAAGUGGAUCCACUGUUUUGAGGGAGUAACAGCUAUCAUUUUCAUUGUGGCCAUGAGCGAGUAUGACCUAACUCUGGCAGAAGACCAAGAGAUGAAUCGAAUGAUGGAAAGCAUGAAGUUGUUUGACUCCAUCUGCAACAACAAAUGGUUUACUGACACAUCUAUCAUCCUAUUUUUGAAUAAGAAAGAUCUUUUUGAAGAAAAGAUCAAGAAGUCUCCUCUCACUAUUUGUUUCCCAGAGUACACAGGAGCCAACACAUAUGAAGAAGCAGCAGCAUACAUACAGCUACAGUUUGAGAACUUGAACAAGAAGAAGGAUACAAAGGAGAUCUACACACAUUUCACCUGUGCCACAGACACGAACAAUGUACAGUUCGUCUUUGAUGCAGUUACAGAUGUCAUUAUCAAAAACAACCUCAAAGACUGUGGUCUUUUUUAAGAUUUCACCUACAAGGUUUGAGGGCAAGAGUGCUUGUGCUGAAAAACACCUGGCUGUGCUGGAAGGAAAUCCACAGAGGGAUGCUCAUUCAUUAGAUCUCUUUCAUAAUUUCUUCUCACCCAACUCCCUUUUCUUGAUCUUGAGCUGUCUCUCCCCCAUCCCCUUUGUGGCGGUUCCGGUCCUGCAUGCUUGUAACAGGGUUGUUUUUGUAUAUUAUAUGUUUUUAUGGUAUUUUUCUGAGUGCCUGAAUUUGUUUUGCUGCCACAGAAAACAGCCAGUGGGUCAGGCUGGAAUGUCAUUCUCUGUCACUGUCCGUCAACACCUCUUUAAGUCUUGCUCUGUCUGUUCUGUCUGGAAACUUUGGUUUCAAGAGGUCAGCGAGAAAAGGGUGUAUCUGUGAUGAGACCAGUUUUCCAAUUCUGGUCACACUUCGCACCAUUUUCCUACAUCUUACGUUUACUCAAAUUCUUCAUUUAUGCCUUUUCCCACCGGAUGUGAGCACAAUGAAGUAUAACAUUAUAUGUAUGCAUGCAGUUCUUGCUUUCAUUGGGCUAUCAUGUACAAAUUGCAAAGCGACCAAACACUCGAUGAUUUAUACAAGAAAUGCAAGAAAACCAACUGUACAAUUAAAAAAAAAAAUGGUUUUUGAAUUUUUUUUGGUGUUAAAAUAUUAACAACCAUUUCAUAGCUGAAUAUUUAUUGUGUAGAUGCACAAAUGCUUGUGCACUUAUUUGUUAUUCCACAGAACACAGAAUCUCAGUAAAGUGAGAAUGGUAUACUGUUGUGUGUGCUUCUUUUGAUUCAUUUUGUAAAGAUGUUGAUUUAAAUAGUCAAUUGUAAAGUGCUUUCAGUUACAUCUUAACUACUGUAAAUAUUGCAGACAUGGAAGUUCUGUACAUGAUGGCAUGGAAGUGUGUGGGGAUGGGGGUCUGGGAAUGAAGUGCAAUCCAGGCACUUGUGUCUGGCAUCAAAGCUGGCACAAAUCAGUUCAAUUGCAAUGUUGUUUUCAGGGAUGUGCACGCAGUUUUUCAUCUCAUGCUUUUUUGUGUGUGUCCAUGUGGAGUCAUGUUUUUGGACAAUUGUCAUCCUCUUGGAAACCGGUUGGUCUAUUUGAUUAGAGACUGAUUUGAAUAAGCAAUUUGUGUAUACACUCCUGAUUGCGUAGGAAUUGUGCAUUGCGCUAAGUGUACCUAGCUUGUGGACUUUGUCUCUUGCAAUUAAUGCAGCCUUUCCAGAUGGCAGAUACAAAGACAAAAAUGUCGGACGUUCAUGUCUGCAAAGAGGAUAUGCUUGUUAGUUUUUCAUGGAGAGACAACAUAUCUCACACCACUGCUGUGAAUUUAAAAAUUAGUCUUGCAGUUGUAGUAGCCUGGACAAUGCUAUGUAUUGUUUAUGUUGGGUAUUAGGACCACAUGAACACAUCGUUCUGAUUCAUAUUUUUUAGCAGUAUGCAGAUCUGGCUAUCCUAAGGUGAUUUUCUUUUCUCAGAAGUUUAGUUCUAACAAUGUUGUGUCAUUUAACUUUGUAGGCCAUGUACAGUCGUCAGAUGUGUUGACCCAUUUGAACUGGCACAGUAGGAAAAAUUGCAGAUAUCAGUAUUGAGCAUCUUGAUAUGUUGCUUUUUUUGUCCAUGCUAGAGAGUUGGCCAAACAUUGAGAUGUGUGAAACUUUUAAAUGAACACAACAGCUAAUGGUGGAUGCCUUAGAAUUAGACACAAAUGGUGGUAGCUUCAAAGACCUGCGCCAGUCUAUUUUUGCAGUGUCUGGAAGAGUGUCUCCUGCCUGGAAAGACCAUGCAGCAUGUUUGAAUACAAGGGCUGGGGUUUAACAUCACUGCAGUCACCACCUGAGACUGCUUCAAUGGCUCCAACUGAUGCAUGCAUCAUGGCGAGAUAAAAACAGAUUCACACAAUUUGUUGUCUAGCAUUUGGAAGGAGACUAGGCAAGAUUUUUGUCUCAGAAGUUGACUGUGACAUGGGUCCUAGUUAUUCAUGAAGUUAGAUUGUGUUACCAUCAUAUAUGGCAAAACUGCAGCAGUGCUUUCAUCUUUGCUGUAUACAGUGGACGUAGAAUCUGCUUUGGGUGUAGUCAGAGUUGUUGCUGUGUUUUUUCUCCUAACUGGGCCAUCUGCUGCCUGUGGUGUUUGGUUUUUUGAGUAAAAGCAUUGGGUAUUGUUGGUAAUAGGUUUGCACUCAUGAAUUAGCAACAAGUGACCCAAAGUUGCCAUGCAAGAUUUGUGAAGGUACAGAUUUCAAGGCAUGAUAGAAAAGCAUUCAUCUUCACUGACCAUUACCAACAAAUUUACAUACAUCUAAGUGUUCAUUUAAUAAAUAGAACAUGCAGAAUGAAGUGCUACCAGUAACAAAAACAGACGUGGUGAGAGAGAUGAUAGCUGCAGACUAGUACCUGACAUCUUGAAAGACUGCAUCAUGUGUUUCAUGCUGGGCACAAUUUUGUUUUGUUUUUUUAAAAAUUAUUUCACUAACCAAACAGUAUUUUUUGAUCAGGCUCGCAGAGAGCAAUGAACUCCUGAUCUCCAGGCAUACUUUUGGCCUCUCUCAAUUAACAUCUCACUAGCAGAGCCUUGCAUAAAAGAAACUAUUUUUGUACUGGGAGAUCUGCAGUUUUCACCAUUGGUCCCUCCCACUGUAAAUGAGUUUGAUUACAGUACUUUUAUAUACCUUAUUUUCUCAUGAAUAUUUGGUAUUUAUUUUUUGGAAACCAUUCUGAAUCACACUUUAUAUCACAUUUAUUCUGCAGCUAUGAAGUCUUGAGUCGGGCAUGGUUUGGCAAGAACACUGUCUGAUUUUUUUGGGUGUUUUUUUUUUUUUUUGUGGUUUUAGGGCCCACACACUGAAGCACCGGAAUCUCAUUAAUGGUGUGUGAUUUAUAUAGUGUCUGUGAUCUGUCACAUCACUCUGUAAGCUAUGUCAAAGUUGUCUCCUUGAUGACUAGUAUGCUGGUAAAGGACCACUUACAUCUCGGUGCCCCAAUAUAUGACAUGCUCAUUAUUUACUCUGAUGCCAACCAACUGCUGUAAUCACUGGUCCUCACACUUCUUCAUGUGGUCUCCAUAAUUUAUCUGGCAUCCAUCCAUGUGCUGUUUUCCUUUUUUUUAAAAAAAUUUAAUAUUAAACGGGCUGAAAUGUUCUGACUCUCAGUGGAGAUAUUUUACCACUGUGCUGUUUCCUCUUUCAGUCUUGUUAAAAGACCAGUUUGGUCUUUGUAUUUUUGAGCUCCACUUCUGUCCUACUAAAGAGUUCUGGAUCCUUUGGCGUUUCCGCAUUUAUCCUAACCAACAGAAACCCUAAGUUACUCACAUUAAUAGCAUCACAAAAUGCACCAAAGCUUGCAUUAUGAUCUGUGUAAAAUCUGUUAUUGACAUUAUUGUCAUAGAUAAAAGAAUUGUCCAGACUGUUCCUCUGUUGACAGAAGCAGCCUUUCUGGUCAGCAGCAUUUUACUGUCUAGCUGUGUAGCUACCCACAAGCAUAGUUGUAUCUUAUGCUAAAAGAGCUUAACAAGGGGAGUAUACCUGCAUACAUAUCUGUAGCAUUUCUCACCGCUAAGUGUAAACCAAACCUAGUCAUGUACAUAGCUACUGCGAUACAAAUGCUUUCAAGCUGUGUUAAGUGGCGUUUCCAGACUGGUGCACCCACUUCCAUGUCUUGAAAACAUUUUAAUGCAGUUAACCCAGUAAAAUGUAGACUUCAUUUACCAGCCGCUGUGGCAAUGGUGGGGGAAUGAUAACACUAAUGAUGACCUGCACGUCAUUCUUCCUAUUGGUUUUAAUCUGAGGACAACACAUUUGACAGUGACAAUGAAAAACAUGCUGGGACCACCUUCCACUCCAUCCUGACCAACAUUUCUUGACUAGUAAGUUCUCAGCAAUCUGAAUCAGCAUUGGAAAGUCUUCAUUGGCUGAAAGAUCCCAUUGUCCCUAAUGGCUGGUAUGUCGGAACAAUUGUGCAUUGUAAGGGCUGUUGUUAUUAUACGCGUAUGUUCUUGUUUGGCGUGUUCUGUAGUGUCGCCUGCUCUUUCGCCUCGCAAUCCUUCCGAUGCAUUUUGUUUGACAAGUUCCAUCGUUGACUGUGCCCGUACGUAUACUGUACACACUUGGUAUGUAAUUAAAUAGUAACUAAAUUUA